UUUGUAGGAAUGGAGGGGAAAAAACUGAUUUCUGCAACAGACACACAAUAUUCUAAUGUGCUUCUUCAGUCUCUGAAUGAACAACGUGGCCACGGACUUUUUUGUGACGUUACUGUCAUCGUGGAGGACCGGAAAUUUCGAGCUCACAGGAAUGUCCUUUCGGCCUCAAGUACAUAUUUUCACCAGCUUUUCUCAGUGGCUGGGCAAGUGGUUGAACUGAGCUUUGUAAGAGCAGAAAUUUUUGCAGAAAUUCUUAACUAUAUUUAUAGCUCCAAAAUAAUCAGCGUUCAGUCCGAUUUACUUGAUGAACUGAUUAAAUCAGGGCAACAGCUGGGUGUUAAGUUUAUAGCUGAUCUGGGUGUACCGCCGUCGGAAGGAAAAAAGAUGCUGAGCGAGGUCAAAGAUGGUGGUUCAGAAGCUUCCACUUCCAGCCCAGUUCAAAAGGAUGCUGAAACACAAGUACCUGUAAUAAGGUCAGAAAGUCAAGAGGUAACGGAUGGAAUGCCUGUUAUAACACAGUCAUUCUCCUUACAUGGCAUAGAAUAUGAGACCACAAAAAUUACAGUGAGUGAUUCAGAUGAUGAGGAUGAUGAUGUAAUUUUUUGCUCUGAGAUUAUUCCGCCAAAAGAAUGUACUAAAGAUCCAAAUGCUACGGCCCAGAACCAGCCUUGCCGAAGCCCGGCUGGAGUUUCUGACCAAAAAUCGUGUGGCCCUGGGGGCUCUCCCCACUUGACGAGCACCACAGGAGCUCAAAAACUCACUUCGUCCACCAGUCAGCUGAGCCCAAACCAAACGCAAUCAAGCGCCGAAUCACUGGGCUCUGCAACGCCACAGCAUUUGACUCCCAGUAUCAUUGUCCUAAAUAAGCCUCUGCUUAACUCAUCGCUUGGUGCCAGCUCCUCACAUCCAACACAUGUGACCCCGACAAUUAAUUUGCUUGAGGAGAAGCAGGAGCCAUCUAGUAAGGGCUCCUUAACUGAAGUGGAAACGACUGCUGUUGAUGAUGAAGUGGUUGUUGAAGAUGAUGUCGAUAUCAUUAGCUCCUCUAGUCCUGGCUCAGUCAGCAGUAGCUCUUUGGUUCAGCAACCUUCUGUACCCAAGGCAGCAACCACUGAAGGGUCAGGUGUACAGAAAAAACAGGUUGUUACAUUUUCAGAAGAGCCAUUUUCUAAACCUGGAGAUUUUAAAAUAAAGAUCUCAGAUGUCCUUACUGGAAACAACAAGGAAUUCAGUUCAGGUGUAGCAUCAAAGCAUGUGGCAGAGGGGCAGAAAAUCAUAACAUUAGAUACAGCAACUGAAAUCGAAGGCUUAUCCACGGGCUGUAAGGUUUACGCAAAUAUCGGUGAGGAUACGUACGACAUAGUCAUUCCUGUGAAGGGCGGUUCCGAGGAAGGUGAAGCCAAGGCUGAUGAAGCGCCCAGAACAUCUGGUGGCAAUUCUCCCAACAGGAAACGCAUGAAAGUAAAGCACGAUGACCAUUACGAGCUCAUAGUGGAUGGGAGGGUGUACUACAUCUGCAUUGUGUGUAAGAGAUCGUACGCGUGUCUGACGAGUUUACGGAGACAUUUUAACGUGCAUUCCUGGGAGAAGAAGUAUCCAUGCCGAUACUGCGACAAAGUUUUCCCCCUUGCAGAAUACCGCACAAAGCAUGAAAUUCACCACACCGGCGAGCGAAGGUACCAGUGCUUGACCUGUGGCAAAACUUUCAUCAACUACCAAAUUACGGCCUCCCACAUAAGAUCAGUUCAUAGCCAAGACCCUUCUGGAGACACCAAGCUUUAUCGAUUGCACCCUUGCAGGUCUCUGCAGAUCAGACAGUACGCGUACAUUACUGAUCACGCAAGCAGUAUACCGGUAAUAAAUGAGGGGGGAAUUGUUUAUCGUGUUGGUACGGGGAAGGAUGGUGCUGAAGGAACAGCAGCAUCGAACCCUCCAGCCAAACAAAUUACUUGGGAUGACAUUUUUGUUCCACAGGGAAACGAAGCAAUUUUUAAACAGAAUCCAUCAGAGGGAAGUACUGAAUUUGAGUUUGUAAUACCGGAAUCUUACUGA